AAAAGCUGAAAGCAGAUCAACAGAUUCAUUGUUUUUAUUAUUGUUGGCAACCUCACUUGAAAAAGAUGACUGAAGAUCCUGAAGACCUACAGGAAAUUCUUGUUUGAAAAAGUGAAGACAGCCAUACAGUUUGACUGACUGUGUCAAAUCCUUUCUGAAGGUCCAGAAGAACCAUACCACCUGAUGUCCAAUCAUCAGUCAUUAACAUCCUUAUCUAGUCUAUUGAAUAAAGUAAACAAGAGUUUGUGGAAGUAAUGCUUGAACUUUAUAAAGGUAAACAUGAAGAUUUUCAAUGACCCCAUUCAUGGUUCAAUUGAGCUGCAUCCUCUGCUGGUGAAGAUCAUUGAUACACCUCAGUUUCAGAGACUCCGUCAUAUUAAACAACUGGGAGCAGGAUACUGGGUCUAUCCUGGAGCAUCACAUAAUCGCUUUGAACACUCCAUUGGGGUGGCGUAUUUAGCAGGAUGUCUGUUAAGAAGUCUACAAGAGAAACAGCCGGAGCUCAAUAUUACUCUUCAAGACGAUCUGUGUGUCCAAAUUGCUGGUUUGUGCCAUGAUUUAGGUCAUGGUCCAUUCUCUCAUUUGUUUGAUAUCAUGUUUAUCCCUGAAGUCCAGAUGUCUGGUACCCAGUGGAAGGUAAGAUGUACUCUGAACAUGCACAUUUCAUCUGAAGUUGUACAGCGGCUCUUGUUUCAGGUCAAAAAACACCAGAAGGAAUAUGGUGCUGUGCAGACAAGCACAAGGCAUGAGAUGGCCUCGAUUCAGAUGUUUCAGCACAUGGUUGAUCAGAAUGGACUGAAAGAGGUGAUGGGAAACUAUGGAUUGAAUCCAGAUGAGGAUCUUCCCUUUAUUAAGGAAUUAAUUCAGGGUGUGGAUACUUCAGCUAGAGAGUGGUCAGCGAGAGGCAGGCCUGAAAAUAAAUCUUUCUUGUAUGAGAUUGUGGCAAAUAAACGGAACGGCAUUGAUGUUGACAAAUGGGACUAUUUUGCCCGAGACUGUCAUCACCUUGGCAUUGGCAACAGCUUUGACCAUCAACGCCUGUUGAAAUUUGCACGAGUGUGUGAGGUGGAAAUAGAAGAGAAGAAAAUUCAUUCUAUCUGCUUCAGGGACAAGGAGGCAGAUAAUGUUUACGACAUGUUUCGCACUAGAUACACUUUGCAUCGCCAGGCUUACCAGCACAAAACUAUCAGCAUUAUUGAAAUCAUGAUCAAAGAAGCUUUUCUACAAGCCAAUGAACACCUCCACAUCUCAGCAGCCAUAGAAAACAUGGUGGAAUACACUAAACUCACAGAUCACUUAUUUGAGAAGAUCUUGUACUCCACUGAUGACAACCUGAAAGAUGCUCGAAUGAUACUUGAGGACAUUGUCAAUAGACGCCUGCCAAAGUUUGUUGGAGAAGCCAGACUGAUAGAAGCUGAAAAUGAAGACAUCUCAAAGAAAACUCUAAAGGAUAAUUGGAUGACAGCUGUGGAGAAAUGGUCUAAAAAUGCACUGGAAUUCAUGGUUGUUGUUGUCAAUAUGGAUCAUGGCAUAAAGGGUAAAAAUCCCAUUGACAACGUCUAUUUCUACAGCAAGAGGGAUCCGGCCAAAGCCUUCAAGAUUAGGAAAUAUCAGGUGUCCAGUUUCCUGCCGGUGAAGUUUUAUGAAAAGCUUGUAAGAGUGUACUAUCGAGGUACAGAGAAACGGGAACUAGAAGAAGCUCAGCAGUGCUUUGAGAGUUGGUGCAAAGACAAUUUUGGAAUUCUGACUGAAGAGGGAAAAUGUUCUCAGGCUACAUACCAAAGCAAGGAUUAACAAAUCACUGAGAAUAUUACCCCAUAAAAGCACACCAGAUCCAGAUCAUGGAUGCUUAUGACAUGAAAAUGAUCAGUGAAGAGAGGAGAUUCAACAGCAUGAUAACACGAGAAGUUGACAUGUUGCUACCAAUUGUUCCUGUAUUGACUGUAUUCGGCCGAGUCACUAAAAAGCGGCAUCUCCCAUCAGACAUUUUUGCUUCAGUUCAAAUGUGUUUACUUUUUCCUGUGGCGUGACUGAUAGCAUGUUGCAUGAGCAGCCUCAGAGACAUGAGUUCUGUUCCCAUGGAAACCAGGAAGUAAUUGCGUUCACAUAAAUAAGGAUGAGCACGAUUCAGAGGUUGCCAUUUCCUUCUAAGAUUAAAUUCCAUUUACGGUUAGGAUUAGGGUUUGGGUUAGGGGGUAGAGAAGUGAAGACAAAAACAAUGGAAGUUAUGCAAAUGUAUAAUCCUAUUUACUCUGUAGCUGAACUCAACCUGUUGAAUUGCAGUUUCCCUUCUGUAGUGUUUUCUGAUGUGGCCGUAUUAGUACUUGCUGUGAUAAAGAUGCCAAACUAUUACACUAUUUAUAGAAACUAAUUGUUAUUUUGUAUAGGAAUAUCCUGAUGUGGGGAUUUUUUUCUUUCAAUUUGCUAUUAAACGCUUAUAAAUUUGUUUCAGUAGAUCUAUAUUAACCACAAUAAAAAGCUUACUGAAUGGUGACUGAGGCUUUCAAUCUGCCUAUCAUCUCCUUUUGUCUCCUAUUUUUUUUUUUUUUACUUCUGCUUGAUUAGAAAUAA